CCGGAACGGGCUCCGGCGGGGAGCACGUUCUGGUUAUUUCUAGCCGGCGCGGCAGGGGACGGUUGGCAGCGAGCGGGGCGGUUGCGAUGGCGAGCGGUAGCCUGGCGGGCGUUGCGGCAACCGAGGAUGGCACCCGCAGCGCCAAUGGCCCCCUCCGCCGUCCCCGCAUCGCUGCCGGCUGCUCCUGGGACUGCGCUUCCCCCUCGUCUCCCGGGGGCCUGGCGGACACCCUGCGUCUCCUUCCCGAGGGAGCCAGUGACGGCGAGGCGCUGGCGCCGCCCGAGCACGGUGAGAACUCUGUGGUUUUGGAGAGACGUUUAAAUGAUGAAAAGGAAACUCCCUGCUUACUGUACCUGCAGUGUGAUCCUCAUGGAUCUGAGGAAAUAGUCUGUGUUGGAAUUUUAAGUGAGGCAAGAAACAUGGAAGUAUAUAUAGGAGAAGAGUAUUUUGGAACUGGUAGGGGACAGAAUGUCUGCACCAUCCAGAAUGAUAGAAAUGACAAGGUUACCUUAUACAAAAAGUAUCUUAAAUUGGAGUGUGCCACAACCUCUUGUAGAAUUAAGCUGCUCUCCAUUGGUGAAAGACAAAGAGUACUCCUAACUAAAAUUGUGGUACAAGUAAGAUCAGUUUCUGCAAAAUCUGCCUCAGAUCUUCUUUCAUUAGGAUCAAGCGUAGAUCUAGACAGAGUUCAAACUAUGGUGGAAUCCAUUGGGUCAAAGUUAUCUCCAGGUGCUCAGCAACUCAUGAAUAUGGUUCGACUUCAGCAGAAGAACAGUUUUCCUCUUGGAGACAAACUUCAAUGUAUCUUUGGAAAAAAAGAAUCUGUCUUUGGAGACAAGCAUACAAUCGAUGGAUUGCACAGUGCAGCUGCUUUUAAAGGAUUAGACCAAUCAUCCAAUGCACCCUUUCCUUUUAAAAGUUGUUUGACAACUGAAACUGUUUUUGAAGAUUUAAAAACGCAUACUGGCAUGAACACAUGGAUACCUGGUAGAGGGAAUAUUCCUGAUCUUGAAACACUUAAAACUAUGCAACAAAGCACUCCUCUUCCUGGAAAUGAUUUUAAAGUUAUGUUGUCAUCGUUAAUGCAAGAGCAAGCAAGUGCAAACCCAAAUACGCCCAGUUCUGGGCUGCUGCUUCCUUUUCUUCAAACUUUAUGUGGUCAAGUAAAUCAUCUUCAGAUAGAUGAUGGGAAUAAGCAUUUUGAGAAGAGUACAAUAGAUGAAGAGGAAGGCAUUCAAACUGUUGGAUGCAUAAUAGUCUAAAGCUAUGAAAGACUGGUGGAAAGUAAAAGGAGUGCUUUAUAGGUGGCAGCACUCUUUUGAGAAUUCAGACCUCUCCAGCUGCCAGGAAAGGGGAAAGUGCUGGUGUUCCUUACCUGGGCAUUCUACUUGAACUGUGCUUGAUGGCUCCAUUUUUGAUUUAUGAGCCUCUGCUUAGUAGAUGUGAUAAAUGUGAAGCCUUUACUCCAGAACCUUCUAUGGCUGCUAAGUGGCAAAAGGUGCAUUCCAUUCUGUUUCUCCAAGAACUUGUAUGAGUGGGGUGUCUCCAUUUUUCGGGUCCUCUCACCUAGUGAAAAGGUCCAGUGUCUGCCUGUGCUAAAGCACAUAUCUUUCCCAAGUAUCAGCAGACUGAAGAUGAUCUGUUUAUUGAUACUACUACCCACUAGGUUUUGAAUAGCAGUAAUGAAAAAUGACAGGACUCUAGUUAACUUUCCCUCUGUUGCAGCUUGACAGAAACACCUCAUUGCAUUAGUUACGUGUGGGAAGUGAUUAGCAAGGUGGUUUUUUGUUUUGUUUUUUCCUCCCCUCCCUCCAAUCCCCUGGUUUGGGUAUGGUGAAUAUCUUGGAAAGUUUUAGUACAAAUUGUUAACUUUUGAGAUAUUUAAAAGGGCCGGGGGGGGGGGGGGAAUAUAGCUCUUGCAUUUAAAUAUGUACAAAAAGAUUGUGUUUAAGGGGGGGAAAA